CGCUUUAAAUCUUCUUCCUUGUUCUUGCGCGUGGGGAUGGAUUUUUAGGGUUUGUGGAUCCGGGGCGGAUGAACGAAUGCGGCGGCAGCAGUGGCGGCGGCGGCGGCGCCAGCGCCAGCGCCAUGGCGGAGAUUUCACCAUUGCGAUCGCUGCUGCUGUGGAAGAGGCCAGGGUUAUCGGCGCUGGUGCUCGCUUGCGGCAGCCUCCUGUAUUACCACUGCACGGCCAGGAAUUGCAGCCUCGUGUCGCUGACCUGCGAUGUUGUCAUCGUUCUGGUCUCGUCGCUCGCGAUUCUGGGCCUGGCGUUCCGGAAUUUCAACAUCGCGGUCCCGGUCGAUCCUCUCGAGUGGCAAGUCUCGGAAGAGUGUGCGACCUCCAUCGCGGCAUGCAUUGCCAACACGGUUGGCGCUACUGAGGGAGUCCUCCGAGUGGCAGCUAGUGGCUCCGAUUACAAGCUUUUCUUCAAGGUUGUGGUUUUCUUGUACUUGGCAGCUGCUGUUGGAAGGGCAGCCUCGGGAGCCACAGUCACAUACAUAGCGUUCGUGGCAGCUUUCAUCGUACCGCUACUAGUUCACAAGCUCAAACCGAAGGUUUUCUCCCAGCGACGAGACUAGCUUGCGGGAAGCUUUUUCUAUCAGCCUCUUAACUGCCUCAGGCUCGGGGGAUUUACAUCGUUUCCGGCAAAGAACUUCCAUCACAAUCGUCCUGGCGGGAGUUCUCUAUACAGAUCACUGUGUUAGUUUACAGGAGAAGAAAAAUUUGGGUGUCUAUCCCAUUCUGGAUCCAGGAGGAGACUGGAUUGGCGACGCAGCAGGCAGUUUCAUUCCUGGAGGACUGCCGAUGGCGGCUUUUGGUUCUGCUGGUGAGGCCGCUUGUGACUUUUUGAUCACUGCCAAGCGCUGUUUGUGGACGUCGCUAGCUACCUGCAAAUCUCCAUCGUCUUAAUACACUGAAAAAACGAAGAUUGCGCUUA